GGUGUGGCCUGGCUCGGUGUGAGGGACGCUGGUCUGCGUGCUUUGUCACCUCUGCACCCAGAAAGAGGUGGUCAUGCAAGCAGUCAGUUUCCCCCAUCUGUAAGUUCUGCCACAUACGCCGCCUUUGUCCAUUUGGAAAUUUGUUGUACAGGUGGAGCUUAAGGCCUUGAGUUACUUGGUUGAUCCUCUGGAUGUUUGGCAGGUUAGUUGGAGUGGUGAUUUAGUGUUGCAAGUGCCAGCCUGGUGAAUCACAUAUGCCAGCUCAGGUUCAAUGCUUACAAACAUUUGUUUACAGAAAUACGACAGACCUAUGCUUAUCCCAUUCAAGAAGCAAGGCUGUCACAGAUUGCACUUUCUCCGUACCUACUUGCUCAGUGCUCCCCAAGAAUGCAGGUGGAGAUGCUUUCGCAUGCAACUUCACUAUCCCAAAGGGUAGUCGGAGAAGGUCUAUUAAAGAUAAGCAAGAAAGGAUGUUCCUGUGUGGGACGGUCACGGAGUAGCAUCCUCCAUCAUUAGAGAUAUUCUUGUGCAACAAGCAUUCACAUGCUCUCUGUUUUCACUCCACAUCAGAAUAUGGGCUCUGCUUAAACACCAUCCCAGAAGACAGGUGAGGACAUAGAAGCUAAUGAGGCAACUUUUUUUUUUCCCAGUCCUGUUUUUGAGUGGAGGUAGAGUAACAUUUUUUUGAUAGAUGGGGGAUAGAGUCCACAAUUCAUAUAAUGUCAUACUUGCUUUCUCCUUUACAAAAAGGAGGAACUGAGAAGCUGGACGUAUGCGUAAAACAUGUAUAUCUUGAGGAGAGACCGUAGUACCCACAACAUUGUUCCACCAGUUCUGAGGAAGAGGGAUAGUUUCAUGGCCAUGUUUCUCCACCUUCUUGCACUAGUGCUGUCUUCCAAGUAGUAGAGUCAAAUGCAAACAGUAAAAUCUCCUUGGUUUAGACAUUUUGAGGCUCAGGAUGGCAGGAUUUUCUUCCUUUGGAUGGUAGGUGAGAAAGUGCCCAGAGUAACACAUUUUCUUGUCAGUUUUGCAAGUGAACAUGAGUUGAUAAAUGUUACUUACAAAUCUUCCCUUAAUACUACCUACAGAUCCUUUUCAGAUAAAGGACUUAAUUUCUUGUCCAGAAUGAAGAGCAUGUGACAUUUUAUUAAUAUUUACUCCUAGAAGGUUGAAAUGUUUACAGAAAGCAGUAGAAUAAACCCUCUAGUAGGAAAAAUUCUUUCUUGUUUGGUACUGCAUUUGCUUGGGCGGGGAGUUGCUGAAUAAAUUAUUUGGCACUUGAUUUAUAAUAAAAUGGCUAUUGCUUUUUAUUGUAUUCUGUUGAGACCUCUGGAAUACAAAGGAAAAUCCAAGUAAUUCUAACUAAUAGAUGGAUAAUGGCAUGACAGCAUGUCACGGUGGUCAAUGCCAUUUUGAUUUGUUUUUAACUGCUCUCAUCUCUCUGAAUCUUUCUGAAACUUGUUGGCUCAUUCUUAGAAUGCAGUCUGUUUGGGGCACCGAUUGCUUUUUUGUGUUUAUUUUUAGAAAAUGUGCAACCAAAUGGUCUUAGUCCCUAACAAAGGUCUUUAGUUGUUCUAAUACCAGAAAUAUAAUAACAGAUUGCAGAUUUAAUUUUAAGUCUUAUUUGACUAGUACCAAAUUAUAAAUGCCAUCCAGCAUCUGUUUGAUUGCUGUUAAAUGAAUUAGUUGAGUUCAGUUCCUGUUACAGAAAAUAAUCCUUGUGAUUGAAGUACUUGCAUUUUUGUUGGUCAUAGUAGUGAUGUCAGGCAUCAGUUUGUGCAUUGGAAAUUGGCACAUGCUUAUCUUGUAAAAGAGAUAUAUAACACUUGGCAGAUUAACGUAAGUCAGUAGAGAACGCGUUAUUGAUGCAACUCAUUUUUCAAAUAUUUGCAUUUAAAAAGUAUGAUUCGUAAAUUAUUUAAGGUGUAUCAUAAAAUGUGAACGCUAGACUGGUACAGCACUAAUGUAGUUCUUUGCUAAAGAUGUGCAAUAAUGUGGCAAUUUUGUUUAAACAAUACUUCCAGUAGGUGAUGGCUGCUUUUCUUCUGGUUGAGUACGUUUUAGUUGUGACCGUGGAGGGUCUGAGGAUGCAUAUCAUGGGCCUGAAUAACUUCUUUUUUUUAAUACUUUACUUUAAAAAUGUGCAUGCUGAUAAUGUGUUAAUUUUUUUCUAAGAUGCUUCAUGCUGAAAGUAAAGUAAGGCUCUUGGAGUGUCAGGAUGAAAUCGCAAUUGAACCACGUUCUAAAAAAAUGAAGUCAACAGAAGGGCCUUACGAGAAACCCUCUGAUGAUGAUAACCAAGGUAUUCAGGAGGAAGUGGAUGCUGAGAGAACAUCAAAUGAUUUGAUACCAGCAUAUACCUCAGAUAACCAAGGGCAACAUGAAGUGCAGAAGCAAGAGAAAAUACCUACUGGUGUCUUGGGAACACUAAAUGAAGUGUUCCCUGAAAAUAAUCUAGUGCUUAGUCAGCCAGCUGAUUCAGAAACUGUGCAGAAUGUAAAUCCUCCAUUUGCAUCAAUAAAUGACACUAAAGUCGAAGAAAAGAAAGGCCCUUUUAUUACAAAUAAUGCUGCUGAAGAUAAUAUUAAAAAUAGCAGUACAUCAUUCUCAGUAAACAGAAAUUUUACCUUUUCAGAUGAAGAGUUUUUUACAAGCAAAGAAUUUAUUGGACCGAUUUACCAGCCUGCUGAAAGUAACAAACAGGACAAAUCUAGCAGUUGCAAUGAAUGUAGAAGCAGUGAGGGAGAUCAGAAUGAAUUGCGUGAAAACAGAGCUAAAAGAAAGGAGGCAAAGAAGAUGCAGACUAUUUCUUCUCCUGUACCAGAAAUAGAUGAUGAACUGAACCAGUUCUAUAAGGAAAUUCACCAGCUGGAAAAUGAAAAUUUAGAUACUAAUUUUCAGGAAAAAGAAACUGAAACUUCUCAGGAACAAUACUCUCCAUAUAACUGUAGUCAAACCUCACAAGAGGAUUAUCAACGUGUAUUGUUGGGCAGCCCACAACCAUUUUAUGAGAAUGAACGUUGUUUCUCUGGGGAACAGAACAGUCAGAAAACAAGCAGCGAGCAGCAGUUUGUCGUGGAAGCAAGUGGCUGGAAAAAUGAAAAUACCUUUAAUGGACAAGUAGAUUCUAAAUAUUGGAACUACUCAGUGCCUGAAUUCAGACCUGCUUGGCAGUCAACAGAGUCUUUCAUAGUACCUCAGGGACCUCUUCCUCCUAGAUUGAACCAUCAAUCACAUUUUCAGAUACUUAAUUCCCCACCACAAGAAACAAAUGUUCUUCCUUCUCAGAAUGGUGAACUUUCUUACAAAAAUUAUCAUGGUUACCGUGGAAAUACUGAUAUCAAUGAUCAUGUUCUACUGCUUGAUCAAAGUACCAACUAUGCUGGUCAUAUUGAUAUGCAUACUACUCAGGUCUUCAGAAAUGGAAAUAAUGACCAGAACGGACUCCAAAAUAAUGACCAGAAUGGACUCCAAAACAAUGGUUUCUGUGAAACCAGGGAAGAGUGUUGGAAGGAUCCAAAAGCUGACAGUACAGAAGGAAUGCACAGCUUUUCUUCCUUGCAGUUACCUGAAGAAAGAUUUGGUUGUUCACAGAAAUUGCUCCUAAUCUUAAGAGGCCUGCCUGGUUCAGGGAAAUCAACACUUUCUCGUAUUCUGCUUCGUCAAAGUUGUGAUGGCAUUGUAUUCAGUACCGAUGAUUAUUUUCGUCAACAAGAUGGAUAUACAUAUAAUGCUGCUCAGCUUGGUGAUGCCCAUGACUGGAACCAGAAGAGAGCAAAGCAAGCAAUGGAGCAGGGAAAAUCUCCAGUUAUAAUAGACAACACUAAUACUCAAGCCUGGGAAAUGAAGCCAUAUGUGGAAGUGGCUCUAGAAAAGGGUUACAGAGUGGAGUUCCAUGAGCCAGAUACUUGGUGGAAGUUUGAUCCUGAAGAAUUAGAAAAGAGGAAUAAACAUGGGGUCACUCGUGAGAAGAUUGCUCAGAUGUUGGAACGAUAUGAAUAUCAAAUAUCCAUACCUAUUGUCAUGAAUUCAGUGGUACCUCCCCACAAAAACACUCAAAGGCCACCUCUGCAGCGAAGACAUAGGUGGGGAGGCAAUACAGACUCAUGGAAUUCUUGCAGUAUUUCCAGUAGCCGAUAACACAGUUGCAGUCAGUUAAUAAAAAUCUGGUUACUUGCCCUUCUAAAACACAUCAUCACCUCCAAUACAGUAGUGAUCUUCUGUGUUUUAAAUAGGCCUAUUUGAAGACCAUUUUCUUCUGGAGGUUGUUCCUUUAACAGACUUGCAUGUAAAUAAAAUUGUACAUUAAAUGUUUUUUAAAACUAUAUUUAUUACAGUUGUAAUAACUUUGAUUUUAGUAAAAGAUUUAAUAUAGUAUGACAUAUAGCAGAGUCUUCCUUUAUAAACGUAGGACAAUGAUGUUGUCAUAUAUCAAGUAACUGUUGAGCAGUUUUUUUUAAAGAGGAGGUCAUAUUAGAUGUCUCUUUUAAGAGAAUUAAAGCCCCAGAAGAGGCUAUUUAUGUAAUAACGAAUUUUCACGAUUGUCAUUUAGUUGUCUUAUCUUUUAGGAGAUUUUUUUGAAAACAAUUAUGUCCCGGAUUGUCCUUUUGUUCUAUUUGGCAUGUGGCAAAAUUUUGGCAUAUAUUUUCUGGUUUCAGUUGUGGUGUUUGGGUUUUUUUGUCUCAGAAGCUCAUCUGGCAGCUGAAGCAACAUUCUGCCAAUACAGUAUUCACCAGCCUUAAACUGUGCAACCUGAGUUAUUUUUUUAUUUGUUUGUUCUCAGUGGUAGUAUGUAAACUAUGAUGGUGGCUACGCACCACCAACUUUUUUGUGCUGACUAAAACCACCUAGAUUUUAUCACUAAAAAUCAAAAUUUCACAGCUAUGUCUUUCUAAGUCAAUUUCUUUCAUUUAUGAUAAAAAUGAAGUAUUAAAGCAUGAGGCUGUCAAGUCCCAGUCCACAGUUGUGAUGCAUCAGUUCAGUAUAAAUAGUGGAUAUAAUUCUGUAAAACCAUGUUGGAUUCCUAAUUUUGGCACAGCCAAUGUAAUCUGUUUAGCACAUAACAAAGAAUGAGCCAGCAUGGAGAUUGACUAGUAUACUGCCCUUUUUCUCUUAAAAAAUGAUGGAUUUGUAAGUUUUCACUUUGCUUGCUUUCUAACAGCUUGCUGUAUUAAUAAAAUGUUUGUCUUCAGUGUUGUUUUAGUAGUUCAACAGUUUUUAUUAUUUUCAAGCGUGUAGGAUUUUAUACAGAUGAGCAUUAUUAUUAUUAACCUGCUAGCUGAAAUAACCUAUCUUCAGGUCUACCUACAUUUUAUUUCCUUACACACUGAAUGAGUAAAUCUUGAAUAGGAGGUUUUGUCAAGAACGUGAGUACGUAGCUAAAAGAAUUUUCAUGGUUUUCUAUUACUAAUUUGGUGUAAUAGCCAUUAGAAUUUUGAAAAUUCCAAAGCCAGCAUAAUGCUUUUUAUAGAUAAUUUUUGAAUAGGCCCUAAAAAUUACUUCAUCUUUGAAGUCUGAAUACCAUGAAAGUUGAAAAUCCAGGUAUAUAAUGGAGUAUCUUUCUGUGGUUUUCUACACCUACUGUGGAAAUCUAAAUUUGUACAAUUUAAUGUAUACCUGCAAUAACAUUUUCAUAAGAGAUUCUUUUAACUAUAAAAGUUGAAGUGUACAGUUUCACAUUUUAGUAAUUGUUUUAAUUAUUUGAAAAAUAAUCUAAAAUGCUUCAGUAGCACAUAGACUGUUAAUAUAUUGAAUUAUGUGUAUAUUUAAAAAAAAAGCUCUCCAACUAUAUUAAUUGUCUUCCCUCGUUGUCUGUUAUUCAUACCAGUUAUGUUACUGUAUUUUAGUUUUCAUGGUUAUGUUUUUCCAUGUCUCAAAAGAAUCAUGGAAAUCAUUGUAAAUGGUCAGUAAUACUUUAAUUUUCCCAAAGUUUUUAUAUUUAAACAUGAAAGCAUAUUUCAAGUGGGAGGACAGACUCAUUUUAUUUAUUCUAUAUUACUUUAAGCCAUAAUGAAGUGAUAACAUUUACUGAAGCUUUAUGUAAUAUUCACACAGUGUGCUAAGGUAUGACAAAAAAGAGCUGAUUGUUGAAAAUUGAUGUUAUGAUAUCUUUUGGUACCUUCUGCCUUCAGUUUUUAAAGGAAAUGGAUUUAUUUAUUUAUUUUAGCAAGAUAUAGUUGAUAUUUAAGUUCUCUAACUGAAAUUUGUAUUUAAAUAGAUGUAAAUUCAUACUAUUUUAAAAUGGUGCAGCAUUUUUGCGUGUUAUCUUUUUAAUAAAUUAUUGCUAGGGGUGAGUAUUUUUGAUAUGCAAAGCAUGUUGAUUGGUAAUAGACUUGCAGUUUGCAAAGGACACAUAACAAGAAAGGAAUGCUUUGCAACUUGGCACUGUAUCAAACAUUUCUUGUAAACUGCUUGAUCUGUAAAGCUGUAUCCCAAGGUAAGUACAGUGACAUGGUAGGUGAAAACACAGUGGAAUUACUGUCUGUCUAAACAUUUUUGUUUCAUGGUGUAUUAAUAUUUCAUGAGGAUAUGACAGUCAUGGUUAUACCUAUAUAUCAGAAGUUGCUUUUACACAAUAUUUAUAUGUUAAAAUAAUAAAAAGAUGAUGUGAAA